AUGUUGUAUCAAAUUUAUAUUCCUGUGUUACUUUCUCUUAUCACAUCCGCAUCCGCUUAUUGGAUACAAUUCAAUGCCAAGUCUAGAUGCGCCAGUAAAGAAACUCUGCGUUCAUGGAGCGGAUCAACAAAUAGAGGGUGUCAAGCACGCUUCUCCAAAACAGCCAAUUCGGUAUUCGUCAUGAAUACUGGUACAUCGGAUGACAACACAGUGGUCGUUUUUUAUUCCUCGCAAGACUGUAAUCCCGAAAGUGCCAUUGCACGGGUCGAAAGUGGAUGUGUUGAAAUCGAAAGCGAAAAUCUUGGAACCAAAUAUCAGUCAUUCAAUGUUAUUCGAAAGUUUGAUUCAGCAAGGAUUACGCCGGUUUCGAAGAAUGAGUUUGGGUAUCAACAUGGUGGAAUAAAGCUCUAUAAAGGUGUGGAGUAUCGUUGGUUGAAGCAGCUUGACGGAUCAUUUCGAGGAGUAUUUCCGGAGGAAUGGGAUGAUGCUAUUUUGAAGCAAAGAAAAAUAACCACCUCCGUGAGCUGA